AUGCGUCGCAUCCCGGCCCGCCCGCCGCGCCUGGCGCGCCGCCGCGCGUCGUCGUCGUCGCUGCUCCAGGAGCCGCCGCCCUACGAGCACCCGGCGGUCGCGCGCGCCUGGUCCCGGGGCGUCGACGCCCACGUCGCCGCGGACAAGCGGACUUUGUGGCACCCCUACACGUCCAUGGCGGCGCCCGCGCCGGCGCUCGCCGUGGCGCGCGCGUCGGGCGUCACGUUGGAGCUCGAGUGCGGCGCGAGGCUCGUCGACGGCAUGAGCAGCUGGUGGGCCUGCGUCCACGGCUACGGCGUGCCGGAGCUCGACGGCGCCGCCCACGACCAGCUCUCGCGGAUGUCGCACGUCAUGUUCGGCGGCCUGACGCACCGGCCCGCCGUGGCCCUCGGCGACGCGCUCGUGGACGUCGCGCCGGCGGGCCUCGAGAAGGUCUUCCUCUGCGACAGCGGGUCCGUGGCCGUCGAGGUCGCGUUGAAGAUGGCCGCGCAGUACUGGCGCGGCCGCGGCCGGCCGGCGAGGACGCGCGUCGUCGCGCUCCGCGGCGGCUACCACGGCGACACCUUCGGGGCCAUGGCCGUCUGCGACCCGGACACGGGCAUGCACGCCGCCUUCGGGGGCGCCGUCGCCGCGCAGCUCCACGCGCCGCGGCCCCCGGCCGCGGGGUCGCCGGUCGCGGCGGUCGACGGCGCGGUCGCGGCGCUGGACGCCCUAAUCGGGGCGCACGCCGACGAGGUCGGCGCGUUGAUCCUGGAGCCCCUGGUCCAGGGCGCCGGCGGCAUGUUCUUCUACGACCCGGCGUACCUCCGCGGCGCCAAGGCCGUCUGCGAGACGCACGACGUCCUGUUCGUCGCCGACGAGAUCGCGACGGGCUUCGGGCGCGCGGGCCGGGGCCACGCCUUCGCCUGCGACCGGGCGGGCGUGGCGCCCGACAUCAUGUGCGUCGGCAAGGCGCUCACGGGCGGCUACUGCACGCUCGGAGCGACGCUCGCGACGGCGGAGGUCGCCGCGGGCGUGUCCGCGGCGCCCGCGGGCGGGCCGCCGCUGCCCCUCAUGCACGGGCCGACCUUCAUGGCGAACCCCCUGGCCUGCGCCAUCGCCGGCGCGUCGCUGUCGCUCCUCUUCCGGCCCGACGCGGCCGGCGCGCCCUGGCGGGCGCGCGUCGACGCCAUCGAGGCCCAGCUCGCGGCCGAGCUCGCGCCGGCGGCGGCGCUCCCGGCCGUCGCCGACGUGCGCGUCCUCGGCGCCAUCGGCGUCGUCGAGCUCCACCGGCCCCUCGACGCCGCGGCCGUGUCCGCGGCCUGCGUCGACCUCGGCGUCUGGCUCCGGCCCUUCGGCCGGAACCUCUACACCAUGCCGCCCUACGUCGCCGAGCCCGCCGACAUUGCCAAGAUCGCGGGCGCCAUGCGCUGGAUCGCCGAGCACCUCGCCGACGCGCCGGAGGAAGUGCCGGAGGAGGAGUCGGCCUAA